UUGUUUUUUCUGAUAGGCCGCUAGGUGAGGCGGUUUGUGAGUUUUGGGUUGCAGUAUACUAGAAUUUUGAGGUUUCCUUCCGGUGAAAAUUGAGCUGUCCAUGGAACCCGGGUUACAGCAGUGAGGGGGCCGCGACUCAAGGCCGGGCUUGGUGGCUCACGCCUGUAAUCCCAGCACUUUGGGAGGCCGAGACGGGUGGAUCACAAGGUAAAGGAGAUCGAGACCAUCCUGGCUAACACAAAACUUACACAUGUCCAAAAAUGAUUGAGAUAGAGCAGGCGGAGGCCCAGCUUGCUGAGUUAGACCUGCUAGCCAGUAUGUUCCCUGGUGAGAAUGAGCUCAUAGUAAAUGACCAACUGGCUGUAGCAGAACUGAAAGAUUGUAUUGAAAAGAAGACAAUGGAGGGGCGAUCUUCAAAAGUUUACUUUACUAUCAAUAUGAACCUGGAUGUAUCUGAGGAAGCAAUGGCGAUGUUUUCUCUGGCCUGUAUUCUUCCUUUUAAAUACCCAGCAGUUCUGCCUGAAAUUACUGUCAGAUCAGUAAUAUUGAGUAGAUCCCAGCAGACUCAGCUGAACACAGAUCUGACUGCAUUCCUGCAAAAACAUUGUCAUGGAGAUGUUUGUAUACUGAAUGCCACGGAGUGGGUUAGAGAACACGCGUCUGGCUAUGUCAGCAGAGAUACUUCAUCUUCACCCCCCACAGGAAGCACAGUCCAGUCAGUUGACCUCAUCUUCACGAGACUCUGGAUCUACAGCCAUCAUAUCUACAACAAAUGCAAAAGAAAGAAUAUUCUAGAGUGGGCAAAGGAGCUUUCCCUGUCUGGGUUUAGCAUGCCUGGAAAACCUGGUGUUGUUUGUGUGGAAGGCCCACAAAGUGCCUGUGAAGAAUUCUGGUCAAGACUCAGAAAAUUAAACUGGAAGAGAAUUUUAAUCCGCCAUCGAGAAGACGUUCCUUUUGAUGGUACAAAUGAUGAAAUGGAAAGACAAAGGAAAUUUUCCAUUUUUGAAGAAAAAGUGUUCAGUGUUAAUGGAGCCAGGGGAAACCACAUGGACUUUGGUCAGCUCUAUCAGUUCUUAAAUGCCAAAGGAUGUGGGGAUGUUUUCCAGAUGUUUUUUGGUGUAGAAGGACAAUGACAGUAAGAGUAGUUGAAAGUAUCUUGUCACUGUUGGCCUUUUGAUUUUUUUUCCCCACUUUUUCUUGAAAGAUUAAGUAAGUAAUUUUAUUUUAGUUCCAUUCUAGAAUGUUGGGGAGUGGGGGACAAGAAAAAAUAGUAUAGCUGAAAUGCAUCUGUUAAAAAUGUCAUGAUUGAAAGCAGAACUGAGUUUUAAAUUACAACCUUAAAAUUGUUAGAUAUUUCUUCACAUAUCAGCUGCCCAUUUUGAAAAAGAAAUGAUCCACAAAGGUGAUGUUGGUGCUCCAAUUUGCUAGCCAUUCCCAACCCCCUUCUGCCUUACCUGCCUUCACUAAAGAACCCAGAAAAGCUAAUUGCUCCCCUUUCAGCCUCUGUUGCAACUAACAACUCUCAGUGGCCUCAGGACACAGCUUUGGCCUUGGGAAUUCUGGGAAAACUUUUGCUUCCUGAUUAAAGAAACAUAUGCAGCUAGGCCACCUCCUCCCCCUCUUACUUUUAUAAACGCCAAAGUGAUGGCUGGAGCUGGAGGAGUUAUUUGAACUAUGACAGAAGGAAGGACUAAGAGAACCACGAAGAUGCCAGUUGCCACAUUGUUGAGCUGCUGACCCAACACCAGCCGCUGCCUAUCUCUAGAUGUCUUAUGAAAUAAAACCAGUUUUGUUUAA